AUGGAAAGUAAAAUAAAUACUGUUGCUGAAGAUGUGGAUAGUAAAGACAAACAUGCAGCUGAUCUGGAUCAGGCGUUAGCAGUUGCAGGACUAGGAUGGUACAAUAUCAAAUAUUGUCUAAUAUUAGCUACGUUCCUGAUAUCUGCUAUCGUGGAACCAGUAGGUUACUCCUUCGUGCUACCAGCAGCGAUGUGUGAUCUGGACAUGACUGACGCACAAAGAGGGUUUAUCGCAUCAAUACCUUACAUAGGUAUAGUCGCCACAUCAUUUCCCUGGGGUUUUCUGGUAGAUACCAAAGGUCGUAAGAAGAUGGUAAUACUCGCCUCCUUAACUGCUGGAUUCUUCGGCAUAUUAGCUGGUUUCAUGCCAGAUCUAAUCACUUUUGCAAUCUGCAAAUUCCUCACUGCACUUUGCAUAGCCUGCCCGGCGGCAGUGCCCUACACGUUCAUCGGUGAGAUCCUCCCUGCCAAGAACCGGGAUGUCAUCCUAUCCAUCACUAAUUCUCUACAGAUUAGCGGAUCAGCUUUAGUACCAUUACUAGCAUGGGCAAUACUGCCUUUGGACUUCCGGAUAGACUUCGGAUUAUAUCUCUUUAGACCAUGGAGGCUUCUAACAAUCAUAUACGCAGCCUUCUAUAUCUUAGCGGCAGUUUUACUACUUUUUGGUCCAGAGAGUCCAAAAUACUUAGUAUCUCAGGGCAAAAUGGAUGAAGCACUCAAAAUUCUGCAAGUUAUGUAUGCAAGGAACAAAAAGAAAUCCCCUGAAGAUUAUCCGAUUAAACGACUGAUUGCUCCUCCUCGCGACACCGAAAAGAAAAGUUUCCUGACAUCGCUAAAAGUACAAAGCGUACCGUUAUUCAAACCGCCAUAUUUGAAAUGGUUUGCGCUAAACGGAUUCCUUAUGUUUGGAAUCUUCUCAGUAUUAAAUGGUCUAUACAUGUGGGUACCAGAUGUCCUAAACAGGGUGCUCACUGGUGACGGCGAAGGCAAAACAGCUUGUGACGUCAUUUUCGAUAGACUUAAUCAGACGGUAGAUGCAGACGCUGAAUGCGUGGACACAAUAGAAAAUAUUACUUUUGUAAUAAAUUCAGUGGCUAACAUAAGCUGUGCCAUAUUAUCAGUGGCUGUCAGUAGUACAGUCAAGUUUAUAGGCAAGAAGAGACUUCUGAUCUCAUUGUUCUUCGUGAUUGGAACAUUCUGUGUUCUUAUCAACUUUAUAACUCAAGACAUGAUCUUUGCUGUACUUCUGUCAUCUUUCCCCAUCAUGGGUCUCGCCUUGGGGCCAGUUAAUGCGUAUGCUGUGGAGUUCUUCCCUACGAAUUUGAGGGGCAUGGCUAUAGGCCUGACAAUGAUGAUUGGACGUAUCGGGUCUAUAGUCGGCACCAACGUCGCUGGCAUCCUGCUGAAUGUAUUUUGCGAAUUGACAUUCUAUCUAUUUGGAGGUUUAUUACUGUUUUGUGGCGUACUCUCGUUCGUGCUACCAAGUUCUCAAAGCCCACCAACAAAUAAGAAAGUUCAAGAAAUAGAAGAUACCAGACUGUGA